GACCGGCUGACAGCCACAACAGCAGCUCGUGACCCAUUAGUAGGGGAGCUGCUGGAGCACACGCACGGCCACGCCCCGAUAUCGCCAUGGCUAUCCUCGCCGUUGCCUCUCCACUCAAAACCCUAAACCCUAGCCCCGGGGACCACAGCCGCUGCCGCCUCUCCUCUUCCCUCCUCCACCUUCCGCUACCAGUGCCACGAUGGCGCCGCCUCCGGUGCUCCGCUCAGUACAGUGAGGCGGCGGCGCAGCCCACGUCGACAACGACGGCGCGUCCAGCGGACAUACCCUGGAGCAAGGAGCUCUGCAACUCGGUGCGGCUCAUUGGGACUGUAGGCACCGACGUAGAGCUGCGGCAGCUGCCCAGCGGCUCCGCCGUUGCGAGGGGUCGCCUCGCCGUAUGGAAGUCAGCCACCGAGACUACAUGGGUAACUCUACAAUUCUGGGACGAUCUUGCUAUUGUGGCCUCUGAGCAUGUUAAGAAGGGUGACCGGAUAUUUGUUUCUGGACGGCUUGUGUCAGAUACUGUUGAUGAGGGGCCUGAGAAGCGGCAUGUUUACUACAAGCUUGCAGUUCAACAGUUGAAUUUCAUCGAGUCCCAGCCAGUUCGAUUAUAUGAACCAGAGGCAAGCCAGGAUGCCCUAGGUGGAAGGCGUGCUGAUUAUUUUAACUCUAUCUCUAAUUCAACUGAGGAUAAGAAUAGGGAUAAUAUGAGCUCAUCUCGAUCAACCGAAGAGCUGUGGCAAGUGUUCUUUGCCAAUCCUCUUGACUGGUGGGAUAACAGGACAAAUAAGAGGUCUGCUGAACGUUUGCUUGGCUUGUGUCCUCAAAUCGUACCAUCAACAGAAGAACCCAAGGUAUCCAGACUUCAAGCAUAAGCAGACUGGCGAAGCACUAUGGGUUGACGGGAGGAACAACCCCAACUGGGUUAUAUCUCAGCUGGCGGUUUUGGACUCGAGAAUGAGUUCGCUGCAAGACAAUGAGAGGAAACCAGUCUCCUAUAUGUAUGCUGACGAGUUCAUGACAUUGGACGGCAACCGAUAGUCGUUAUGGAGGAGGGAAGCUUCGCUCGUGCCGAUUGGCUGGCUGUUAUGGCGAGCGAGAUCAUGCUGUCGACCUGUCUUAGUAGCUAGCUCAUGCUUGCUGUCUCAGUUUUGUUGAGCGGCUCUGGAGGGUUGCGUGUUAUGAGCGUCGUCCGUAGUAUGGUUUGUGACAUAAGGUAGCUAUGAUGAGCCUAGAACAAACAUAAACAAAGUGCGGGGGAAACCCUUGCUUUUAGUGACUCCAUUAGUAGUGCUAUGUGGUUUGUGACAUGGUUUUUAACUAUGAUGUUACGCCGAAUGGUAAUAUAUUGAAGAACGUGCCGUGGCCCUACACAACUUAGUUAUUA